GGAUUGUUCACUAUAUGCUGAAUCAUGUCUUCCUCGAUACAGGAGAGAACCUGUGGGAACUCAUGAAGAAGAAAGUGUUUGAAGCAAAGUUCUGCCUGCACGAGAGGAAGAAUCAGAAGGAACUGAGGAAGAGUUGGGCCAGAUGGACUGCCUGUCUCCAGGGCCAACCCAUCAGUGAUGUUAGGAGUUACUUUGGAGAGAAGGUGGCGCUGUACUACCUGUGGCUGGGUUGGUACACCUGUCUGUUGAUCCCUGCUGCUGUGUUGGGGGUCAUUGUGUUCCUCUACGGACUGGCUUUCUUCAACACCUCACCACUCAUAAAGGAGGUGUGUGAGUCUAAGACAAUAAUGUGUCCGCUAUGUGACAAGAGAUGCAAAGUGUGGCUACUCAGCGAUACCUGCCUCUACGCCAAGGUCAGCAUCCUAUUUGACAACGAGGGGACGGUUAUGUUUGCUAUGUUCAUGGCAGUAUGGGCCACCCUGUUCCUGGAGUUCUGGAAGCGACACAGGGCCUCCUAUACAUGUGCAUGGAAGGUGUUCGACUGGUGUGAGGAGGAGGAGGAGCUGAUCCUGGAGAUAGUGAACAAUGCAGAAUGUGAGCCUAAACAGCACAAGCACUCCUACCUACGCAGCACCCUGGUCCUCAUCCUGGUCACUCUCGUAAUGCUGCUGAUCAUCGGCCUGGCCCACGCUCUGGUGGUGUUCCGGGUGGUUGCCACGGUGAUGUUGGCUGAAGGAUCAUGGGAGUUCCUUAGUGACCACUCCAACACGGCCGCUGUGAUACUAGGAGCUGUGCUACACUACUUCACCAUCACCAUCAUGACACGGGUCAACAGGAUUGUGUCGCUGAAACUCUGUAAUAUAGAGGAGAAUCAGUCAUUUGCUGCCACCGAGAGGAGCUUCACGGUCAAGAUGUUCACCUUCCAGUUCUUCACCCUCUUCUCCUCUCUCUUCUACAUUGCUUUCUUCCUGGGCAGGAUAAAUGGACACCCCGGUGGCUACGUGCGGAUAGCAGGGAAGUGGAGGCUGGAGGAGUGCCACCCCAGUGGCUGCCUCACAGACCUUUUCAUCCAGAUGGCCAUCAUUAUGGUUCUGAAACAAACCAUCAGCAACAUCUUCGAGUUCGGAGGCCCCUGGUUCAACAGGUGGCUGAAGAGGCAGAGGACCAAGCUACAGAGGAAGUGUGCCCACUGUUACAAGAAGGAAGACCAACAGACCAAUCAGGGGCAAGAUCUGUGUGAGAACUGCAUGCUCCGUGAUUGCCUAAGAAACUACCGUCUCAAAGACGUGGACUCCUUCAGCCUCUUCAAUGAGUUCCUGGAGAUGGUUCUCCAGUUCAGUUUCACCACCAUCUUUGUGGCUGCGUUCCCCCUGGCUCCCCUGCUGGCCUUCAUCAACAACGUCGUCGAGAUACGCCUCGACGCCAUCAAGAUGGUCAGUUUGGAGCGCAGGAUGGUACCCAAGAAGACCAACAACAUCGGUGUAUGGACAGAUGUGUUGGAGGCUAUCGGUGUGUUGGCAGUCAUAGCCAACGGCCUGGUUAUUGGCAUAUCUUCAGAUUUUAUCCCCCGCCUGGUAUACCGCUACCAUUAUGGACCCUGCGUCAAUGGAACAGUCACAGACAUGGAUUGCAUGUCCGGCUACAUCAACAACACCCUGUCCAUAUUGCACAUGAACGACCAGAGAAUCUACAAGGAGUUCUCACCGGACCAGAUGGUGACGCCCAGCGGACAGAAUGUCUCCCACUGCAGUUAUAAAGAUUAUAGAAGUAAUGAAGACUACAGUUUCACUCCACAGUUCUGGCUCAUCUUAGCCAUGCGCUUCGCUUUUGUUAUCCUGUUUGAGCAUGUGGUGGUCAUAUGUAAAUUCAUCACCGCCUGGUUUGUUCCCAGCGUUCCCUUGGAUGUCAAGAAUCUCAGGCUCUUUGAUAAACUCAACAGGUUGAAGGAAGAGCUCAGGUCAUCGAAGGUAUGACAUCGCCACAGUGUUUGGAGCAGUCUAAUGUUGACCACAGUGAUGUCUGAAAAACAUUAUGGACACAGUAUCCACAGUAUCCACUCGGAUGUGACUGACUACCAGCGCUACGGAGGACAUGUUCAGUGUGCGGAGAGAGAGAGAGAGAGAGGGAGAGAGGGAGUGCUUAUCGCCUGGGUUUUAUUGGUUUUGUAUUUGUUGUUUUGUGUCAGAUGAUGUCAGAAUGCUGGACAUAUGACUUCUGACCCUAGAUAUAGUUACCGUUUCUUAUGAGAGAAAAAUAUUGUCUUAAUGUAAAAGGACAUAUGACUUCUGACCCUAGAUAUAGUUAUAGUUAAUGUAAAAGGAAAACACUUCUAGAUGUUGCUAUUUGUUAUGUUUCGUGAAGUUGCACUGUGUGUUUUUUUGUUGUUAAAUCAUCUUGUUUACCGUUCUGUACAGGCAUGUUGUGGCAUGGUAUUGCAUCACAGUGGUAUGUUAUGUUAAAGUGAGAUACUUGUGUUUGUAAACUGUGGACAGGAAAUGUAAUAUAUUAUUUUAAACACUGAGAUAUGCUUCGCGUUAUAAGACAUAACACAUUCACUUUAACUUAACGAAAGUGACACUUAAGAGACAUUGUUAUUAAUGUGCUACCAAUGACCUACAUUACUUUGUAUUGUACCUGGAUGGAUGGAUGGGGGCGGAGUCAUGUAAUAACCUACAGUAAGGACUGUAAACUCGGUCACAUUACUUUUUUUUUAUACAGUAUGUUCAUCGCUUCUGAUCCAAUGUAACUUGAUAAUUGUCCUAAUUAAAA